AUGAGCUACAAAUGCCCGCCCGAGGUGCUUGAGAAGAUCCGGCACUUUGCAAAGUUUCCUCAAACGCCGGUGUCGCUCAAGCAGAUGGUCAACUUUGGCAGCAAGCCCACCCAGUCGACCCUCGCCCGGGGCACCCAGUUCAUCCAUGCCGAGCUCCCCGUGCGUCUGGCUCACCGGGUCGUCGAGCUGGAGUCGCUCCCCCACAAUCUGUCCGAGAUGCAGUCCGUCAUCAAGGUCAAGAACAUGUACACUCAGUCCUUCCAGGACCUCAUCGAGUUCCCAAGCCCAAGCGAAUUUGGACUCGAGACCAGCUCGUGGUUUGAUCGAGGCACCCUCGUGCCGCCAGCCGACAGCGCUCUCAAAGCAGCCCAUACAUCCAUCCGAUACUUCAAGGCAGUCGAAGACGUAGCCCACACCGAGAAACUUGCAAAGUACAACCAAAUGUUUGUCAAGUGCAUCGAAAAGGUCAAGCGGAGACACGAUCCCGUCGUCUCCACUAUAGCCCAGGGUAUCGUCGAGCUCAAGGAACACUGGCGCAAGACCAACGCCCCGUAUCUGCGCGAUCCCCGAGACGGGCAUAGCCUCCCUCUACCACCACCCGUGCAGUCGUUCCUGGAUCGCUUCUAUCUCUCCCGCAUUGGAAUCCGCAUGCUGAUCGGACAGCAUGUCGCCAUCUCCAAGCCAGAAGCCCAGCAGCCAGGCUUUGUCGGCAUCAUUUGCCCAAAGACCAGCCUCCGCAACGUCGCUCUCGACGCCAUCGACGACGCGCGGUUCAUCUGCCAGGACUACUAUGGCCUCUGGAAGGCGCCGGACAUCAAGCUGUAUGGCAAACAAGAGAUUGAGUUCAUGUACGUACCUUCGCACCUGCACCACAUGCUCUUUGAGCUUCUCAAAAACUCGCUCCGAGCCGUUGUCGAGCGCUACGGCGCCGACUGUGAGGCCUAUCCCGAGAUCCGCGUGGUCGUGGCCGAGGGCAAGGAAGACAUCACCAUCAAGAUCAGCGACGAAGGCGGCGGCAUCCCCCGAAGCGGCAUGCCGCUGAUUUGGUCGUACAUGUAUACGACGGCCGAGAGCCCGAUGCUCCAAGAGAACUAUGACAAGAGCGACUUCAAAGCACCCAUGGCCGGAUUCGGAUACGGCCUGCCGCUCUCGCGCCUCUAUGCUCGAUAUUUCGGAGGCGAUCUCAAGCUCAUCAGCAUGGAGGGCUACGGCACCGAUGCCUAUCUUCAUUUGUCUCGCCUGAGCGACAGCGAAGAGCCGCUGCCAUAA